AUUUCUUCAACGGCGUGUGUAUGAUACCGUCUUAUAACAUCCGUACAGUCGCACACACAAUCCAUCAUGCACCAUCAAACUAUCAGAUGCAAUGCGAUUUUCCACACGACCUUUUCCUUAGCAAUCUCCCGAUGGGACCUAGAUCCGACAAUCGAGCAAAUCAAAGACUCACUGAUUUACUUGGCCCAUCGACACGCUGGUUCAUGCGAUUACUUAUCACAAAGAUGGACAUCAUUACGUAUAAAUAAUCUGGGCGCUGACCUGGAAACGUAUCACCAAUCGUCUGUCUUCCAGAUAUAUCAUGGCAGAAACCAAAACGACGUAUGACGAGAAGGAUUUACCUUCACAUACUCCUAUGAAUUGGUCGCUAAAAGAAAUUAGAGAUGCCAUACCGUCUCAUCUCUUUGUUCGCCGAUUGCAUCUUAGCGCUCUGUACCUAGCCAGGGAUUUAGUCCUCGCCAUUGCCUUGGGACUUCUUGCUACGUUGAUCGAUCCUUAUUUUGAAAAACUGGCGACUUCUCAUGUCUUAAGCUCUUGGAGCGCAGAGAUGUUGCGCUUCACUGUGUGGGCUAUUUACUGGUGGUAUCAAGGCCUUGUUCUAACGGGUCUCUGGGUCAUCGGCCAUGAGUGUGGCCACGGAGCCUUUUCUAGUUACAAGCUGUUGAACGACAUCCUUGGAUUUCUGAUUCAUAGUUCACUUUUUACACCCUACUUUAGCUGGAAAAUAUCGCACCACCGUCAUCACGUUAACCACGCUUCCAUAGAAAAUGACGAGGUGUAUGUUCCGAAAACUCGUGCCGAUCUCAACAUACCCGACGAACGCCCCAAUGGAACAAUCAACUACGAGGAGAUAUUCUCGGAUACCCCGAUUUAUACCUUGUUCAUGUUGAUCCGUCAACAGCUAUUUGCGUUUCCCGCAUACCUCUUAUAUAACGUAUCCGGUCAGAAGCACUAUCCCAAAUGGACUAACCACUUCGAUCCCUCUUCUGUCAUCUUCUCCCACUCGCAGCGCAAUGCGGUGAUACUGUCUAAUAUAGGAAUGGCUCUAAUGGUCUUCAUCACAACGAGUAUCUGCGCCAAAUGCGGGAUUUGGAAUGUCUGGAGAUAUUACGGCAUUCCGUGGUUAGAAGUGAAUCACUGGUUUGUCAUGAUCACAUACCUUCACCACACCGACCCCAUCCUGCCCCAUUACCGGAAAAAUAAAUGGAACUAUCCUCGAGGCGCUGCUGCCACCGUCGAUAGAGAUUUCUUAGGAUGGCACGGACGCUUUUUCUUUCAUGAUGUAGCACACUUUCAUGUCAUUCACCAUUUCUUCCCGAAGAUACCAUUUUACAACGGCGAAGAAGCCACUCGGUAUCUAAAAACUUUCAUCGGUGAACAUUACAACUUCUCAAACAAACCCGUGUUCCGUACAUUCUGGGAUAACUAUAACAACUGCCAGUUUGUGGAUAACGAUGGUGACGUCGUCUUCUACAGGGAUAAGCAAGGAAGAGCGGCGCGAAGAUCAGACUGAGUAUUACGUGUAUUUUCAAAGCGACUUG